AUGGAAACGAUUCAAACAGUAACCUCGCCAAAAAAUGGUAACCGAUCGGCAGUGACGAAUGCACGUCAAGACUCCUACGAUAAAGAUGAUUAUAAUUAUACCCCAACUCCUGCAAUGAUCGAAGCGGCGAAACAAGAUUACGCACUACGCGUUUACACUUUUACGCAAAAUCAAUUAAGGCGUGCCACAUCUGAGAACAACGACAGUAACAGUGAUAAUGAAUCAUCUCCUGAUACAGACUAUGACAGCUAUUAUUUUGUCCCGACUAAGGAGAUGAUAGAAUUCGCUAGGAAAGAUUAUGCUACCCACAUGUUUGGCGGUAGUAGAAUUCCAAACGACGCAUGUCAACCCGCAAUUGGAGACAACGUAAGCGGUUUCGAGGAUAAAGAACCCUGUCGUAACAAUUAA